UUAAAACCAGACGCGAAGUAACACGUGCAAAUAACAGAGCGUAGGCUCAACGAGAAAAAAAAGAUUAAAAGAAUUCUAGCAAAAAUUGUUUAAAACUUAGAACAGCAUAAACAAUACAAUCACUGCAAUCAGUAAAAUUAUAAAAAGAAACUGCAACAUCAACAGCAGCAUUAUCAUCAGCAACAAUAGCAUCAGUAUUGCAGACUUCUUUUACACUUCACUUACAAUCUAAAGACAAAUUAUGGUCCAUAAUAAUAGUAGUAGCAGCAGCAACAAUACCAACAACAACAAUACCCAGUAUUCAACAUCUUCUUUGAAACAAAAUAAAAUCAUGCAACGAAAACAUCUUCGUCUUUUACAACUGCCUCAAAUUGUUGCAGCUACUGUCAUUUUUGUUUUACUAUUCAAUUGCAUUUGUGUCAGUGGGCAAAUUGAUGGUUAUGAAGCUGGUGUAGAUUAUCCCAUUUAUGAUGCAGUACCCAAAGGUUUAUCCUUUAAUUGUCAAGGUCGCUUGCCGGGCUAUUAUGCUGAUACAGAGACUAGAUGUCAGGUCUGGCAUUGGUGUCUACAUUCCGGUCAUCAAUACUCAUUUCUCUGUCCCAAUGGCACGGUCUUCAAUCAAGCAGUAAGAGUUUGUGAUUGGUGGUCUAAUGUUAAUUGUCCUGCGGCUGAACAAUUAUACGAAAAUAAUGAUGAACUCUAUCGUACAACAGAGAUCAAUCAGUUUGGUAAUGAUGACAACAGUAUUUGAUAUAAGGCCCAACAGAGAGGAAGUGCUAGAAAUUAUGAGCAAGAAAAUGAGAUAUUAGUUAAAAAACAGCAGCAGCAACAACAACAACAGCAACUCAAAAGACAAAGACAAGGAAAUGUUAAAGCAAAAUUAAUACAACAUCAGCAACAGCAUUAUG